AUGGGACGUGGACUACCUGCGAACCCUGCAGCCCCAAUACCGGCCCCUUUUGCUGUUCCUUUGCUGCCUACUGGGACUCCCGGUGCCCUCUGCCUCCCCCUCCUCGGGGCUGUGUUCCCAGCCUUCCCAGUUCAUGUGACAAACGCUGUUCACGCCAACAAUCUUCUGGCUUCGACUCAGCUUGUUGAGGUUCCGGCAGACGUGUGGUUCACUCCCGUUCGCGCGCGAACUCCGUGGUGCUACCAGGCCUUCCACCCUGGACAAGUCGACCCCACCGCGAGCCUCUUCUGCCCAAACAUGUCUACUGAAUACCAAGAUAACAUUCUCGCCACGAUCAUUCAGGGGCUUCCUGGAUCCGGCAAAACAUCCUUCCUGGCCCUUCUACGCCUCAUCUUCCUUCUACGGACUUCAACAUUAUAUUCGGGACGGGGCCUAAUUCACCAGGAUGGUGACGCAGCUGCUGGAGCUGGCGUUGUGCUCAUUAACUAUCCGUGGAACCUCCAGCCAAAAGCCUUCUCAGUCAAGUACCAUGUACAACGGACACGUCCGUUGACAUAUGAAGGCGUCUUUUGUCAAAAGACCGAUGCGUUUGAACCAUCCACCUUGCGCUCAAACUCACUGAGCAACGCCGGUUUAGGCCCUGCUUUGUGGAGUUUCUGA